ACAAAAUAUACUGAUAUAUCAAAAAGCCAUGUCCGUUACCCUUCACACCACGCAAGGCGACCUCAAGGUCGAGCUCUUCUGCGAGGCAGUGCCCAAAACAGUAGAGAACUUCCUCGCCCUUUGCGCAUGCGGCGCAUACAACAACACACCUUUCCACCGUCUAAUUCCCGGCUUCAUGAUCCAAGGCGGUGAUAUCUCCCUCGGAGCAGCAGCAUCCCAGUCUCCAGAUACCACUAGACCCAUGCUUCCCUUCGAAGACAUCCCGAAAGGCGGCACAUCAAUCAACCACCCCGGGGCAUUGAAUCAGGAAAUCCACCUCCCAACUCUCCGACACAAUACACGCGGCAUACUCUCCAUGGCAGCGCGACCCGUUAAGGACAGGACGGCUCCCGGAUCGCAGGGUGCAACGGGUGCUACGAUUAACGGAAGUCAGUUCUUUAUUACGUUUGCCGCUACCCCGCAUUUGGAUGGAAAUAGUACUGUCUUUGGGAAGGUGUUGAACUUGACAGCGCAAGAUGAGGGGGGUGAUGUACUGACAAAGCUGGAGAAGGCGAACGCGAAGAUUGAUAAGAAGGGGAGAGUGGUGCAGCCAAAGGAGGGCGAAGAAUAUGACGCGAUGCGUAUUAACAGCGUCACGAUACACGCCAAUCCUCUUGCUAAGUGAGAGAGCUCUUCGUUAUAUGGAAAGCGGCUUUGCAGGUGGCACACCCAAGUCAAUCGCCAGGUUACAUAGCAGUUGCUUAUGUGAUUGUCGAACAUUGAGUCCUAAACGAAGACACCGGACGGUAGUGCGCUCACGACCAAGGAAACGGCAAAGCAGGAACAUACAUUAUCCUCGGAUAUGGAAUCUAUGGCGAGCC